UGUUGGUCUCACUUGGGGCUUGAACGAGCUCUUAUUAUUAUCCCGAACGCCUAAUAAUAUCGAAUAAUCACACAAUCCCGCCUUAUAAUUAUCGAAUUCGGUCGUUUUUAUUUAUUUUAUCGACAUUGUCGGUUCUCGUCCGUUUUCUGACAUGUCCCGCCCCCCUCGACGGGGCUAGUUGGUCAUACUUAAUCGUGAUUGGCUUGCGGUGCUCGGGUGCGAGAAUUUAAACCAAUCGUAGCGCAGAGGAAGACGCUGCCGCCGAAAUACGGGUUCUGUCCCACCAAUUUCCUCCCUGCGCUUACUGGUUCCACCUUUAAGGCUUAUGUCUGCCUUUAUGUGGAAAAUUGCCCAACAGCAACAUCUGGAGCAUUAUGGAAAACUAGAAGAAUUUGUUUCCUUAGUCACAAGGCUUGUCCCAGAGGUCUUGACCAGCAGACAGAAGGCCACAUUGGUAAUGGGACUCAGAGCAAAGAUGAUUCUUGAGAUGUGCCGGGGUGAACUGCCAGCAGACCUCGAGACAGUGAAGACGCACAUAAAGAGGAUUCAAACGUCUCAUUCGUCCAAGGGAAUUGAUACCGAGGCAGAUCUUUUACAGGCAAACCUUCUAACACUUGUGCUGGGUCUGCUGGAGGAUCCUGCCAAAAAGGAAUAUUUCUUUCAGGAGGUGUUCCCACAUGAGUAUGGGCCAGAAUUUGAUCAAGCGCUGCAGGUCCUGGUUGGCCAUUUCCUUUCAAGACUGGAGCAGCUGCUGCCAGUUCCCAGCUUCAAGCAGACUUCUUCUUGGCUCAGCACCUGUCCCUGGGAAUGGAAUGAGUACCUGGAAUCUGUUUGUAGAACAGAGAGUUUAUUACCUUUGAUGCAAAUCGGCAUUUGUGGGACGUUGGAGGAUAACGCACUCCCAUCAAUUGUGGAGGACAGAAUCCUCUCCUCAUUGUCCCUAACUGACAUGGUUAUUACCACCCAAACACAACCCCCCUCCCAGGAUAUGGACGGGGAGUGUGUACAGGAUGAUAGUGUCCAGGAAGAAGAUAUCAGCUCAGGUCUCGAUGAAACCGUAGUCGCAGAAUAUGUCAGCGCAAACGAUGGUGUAAUGGAGGAAGAUUCAGAGAGACAGACCUUUGAGAGAGAGAUCAAGGAGGCAAUUAAACAUUUAGAGAAGGAGACUGACAUAUCAGUCGAGGUGGCCGGGAGUCUCCAGAGCACAGGGGUUGACUCAGAAUUAAAAACGACUGAUGGAACAGAAAGUGUCAUAUCUGAAGCAGCACCUGCAGCAGACGAUAUUGCAGCAGAUCAGCAAACUGUGAUCCCCAGAGUUGCAAAUACAAAGAUCACUCAACCACUGGAGGUACCACAGUCAAACACAGGGAGUGAUGAGGAGGGGAUAACUGACCAGUGUGAUCCACAGCAGACUGUUUUAGAGGAAGCAGCUCAGGGAGAGGUAACUGCUGAGGAGCUAGGAUCGGAGCAGUCUCCCAGCAAUCCAAUCGCAGUCGACUCCCAAAAGAUACCUGUAAAGAGUUCUUACCUCUUCGGCAGGCUUUUACACAAGUGUCUGAAAUGUGGCAAGCGUUUUGCGUAUCGCUCCGAGCUCCAUAAACACCAAGAGAGUCACAGACUCGCUGCUUCGUUCAAGUGUAGUGAAUGUGGGCAACUCUUCAGAGAUUCGAAACUCCUGGCUCUACAUCGGCAGAGAGGCUGUCGUAUGAGGACGUACAAAUGCAUCAAGUGUGGCGCAGGCUUCAGGUCUCUUUCAAACUGGUACAAACACCAGCAGGCACACAAGGUGGUCUGCACACACAAAUGCCCUGAGUGUGGAAAGGUAUUCCGGAGUCUCACAGGCUUGGUGGCUCACAGACGAGAGCAUAUGGGUCCUGCAGUAAACGGUGUUUACACCUGUGACAAGUGCGACAUGACUUUCGGCUCGUAUCGUGGCAGGGUGCUGCACCAGAGGGUCCAUACGGAUAAAUCCAAGCAGCCUUUGCGAAAGGAACGCGAACCGGGGAAGUGCCGCUUCUGCGACGAGUCGUUUGUCCUGCUGAGCGAUCUGAGAGUACACCUGAAAACUCACCCUGAAUACAGACCCCAUCAGUGCGACCAGUGCGGGAAGUGUUUCGCUCUGCACCACAGUCUGCUCGCGCAUCUCUCCAACCACACGGGGGACAAGCCGUACCUCUGCACACAGUGUGGCAAGCGCUUCUUCAGCAAGGUCCAGCUGAAAUCACACAUGAGGUGUCACUCGGGCGAGCGGCCACACAUGUGCCCUCACUGUGGGAAAUGCUUUUCACUGCUGGGCAACCUGAACAUCCACGUACGGAUCCAUACUGGCGAGAAGCCCUACUUGUGCCGUCAUUGCGGGAAAGGCUUCAUCUCUGCCGGAGAGCUGCAAGUGCAUGAACGCAGUCACACUGGCGAGAAGCCCUACUGCUGCAGCAUCUGCAAUAAAAGAUUUGUGGUGUCGAGCCACCUGACGGCUCACAAGCGUGUUCACACAGGAGAGCGCCCUUAUUCCUGCACUCAGUGUGGCAAGACCUUCAUACGGAGAUACGACUGGAAUAAACACAUGUACACUCACUCAGGGGUCAAGCCUUUCCCCUGCAAUAUCUGCCAAAAGAGCUACACACGUCGCACACACUUGAACAGACACAUGCAGAGCCACGGCACAGGCCAUUAGUAACCUCGAUCUGAACGACCGGCGUGAGAAUCGGUUCAAUGUACAGAAGUACGUACUAUAAAUAAGGACAUUCCAGUGCAAAGUUUCAAAAGCACAUUGAUUAUGUUUUGUUUGACCAAAUGCAGAUAUAAUUAACCAAUAAAUGUUGGGCUUCUAGUUUAUCAAA